UAUACCGCCUUGGUAACGUUAAAUCAGUUUGUCAUAAAUAAAAUGAAAUUCCGGCUUAUGGCAGGAGUGGUUGCGUUAGCUGCGGUGACAUCAGCGUGUACACCCAGCGUCACCACAGUAAGCGGUACUCACGCGCCGGUAGCUGUGUGUUCUGGGGCACUGAUAUUCGCUGAUGACUUCGAGCAGUUUGAUCUCGAGAAGUGGCAGCACGAAAACACAUUAGCUGGAGGUGGUAACUGGGAGUUCCAGUACUACAGCAACAACAGAACUAAUUCGUUCACAAACAACGGAAUUCUGUACAUUCGUCCGUCGCUGACAUCAGAUCAGUUCGGUGAAGGUUUUCUGUCCAGCGGUCAUCUUAACGUGGAAGAAGGGGCUACAGCUGAUAGGUGCACAAAUCCGCAAUGGUAUGGUUGCGACCGUACUGGAACUCCAACUAAUAUUUUAAACCCGAUUAAGAGUGCCCAAAUUCAAACCAAAAAUUCUUUCAACUUCCGUUAUGGACGAGUGGAAGUUCGCGCCAAAUUGCCUGCUGGUGAUUGGUUGUGGCCAGCAAUAUGGCUCUUGCCAGCCUUCAAUACGUAUGGAUCAUGGCCUUCAUCUGGAGAAAUAGACUUGAUGGAGUCCCGAGGAAACCGAAACUUAACGUUGAAAGGAGUCAACAUUGGUGUCCAAGAAGUCGAUUGUUCGCUGCAUUUUGGACCACGUCCAGACUUAGAUGCCUGGCAGAAAACAACGUGGAGCCAAAGACGAAGUCAAGGAUUUAAUGAAGCCUUCCAUAAUUAUCAACUCGAAUGGACUCCUGAUUUCUUAAAAUUUUGUAUUGAUAAUGAAGAAAUAGGUAAAGCAGUACCCGGUACAGGAGGCUUUUGGGAAUACGGCAAAUUUAACAACAAUGAUCUAAACCCGUGGAAAUAUGGAACGAAAAUGGCACCAUUCGAUCAAAAGUUCUAUCUUAUCAUAAAUGUAGCUGUCGGAGGUACUAAUGGAUAUUUUCCGGACAGUGCCACCAACCCAAGCCCUAAACCCUGGAAAGACAGCUCUACGACGGCUGCAACAGAUUUCUGGAAAAGUCGCGAUGCUUGGCUUCCAACUUGGAAUCUUGACAAAAACAAUGGAUGGGAUGCUUCAUUGCAAAUUGACUAUGUUAAAGUUUGGGCCUUGUAGAUAUGAAUAUGAAUAAUAAAUAAUUUCAAUUUAA